GGCUGGAGCAGCAUCUAAUAACCAACUCGCAAAAUAAAAGAAAAUUAAAACAAACCAUCAAACACGAAAACACCAGACAUUAUGAUACAGACUUAUAAUUUGCAAUAAGAGGGAGUCUUCGCCCAGGCCGCCAAACAGGCUAGGACCGCCACUGGUUGUAAAAGACAAAAUGUAUGGCUUUUUAAAGCGGAGUCAAAUUCAAACGAGAAUCUAACGACUGCCUGUCUCUCUCCAGUUCUUCCUUCAGUGUCUCUCCUUCAGAAGUCUUCCUCCUCUCCAGUCAGCUGCCACGCUACAGGUUUCUAUCCUGACAGAGCCGUGAUGUUCUGGAGGAAAGAUGAAGAGGAGAUUCAUGAAGGUGUGGAUCUGGGAGAGAUCCUUCCCAACAAUGAUGGGACCUUUCAGACGAGUGUUGAUCUCAGUGUUUCAUCAGUCACACCUGAAGACUGGGAGAGGUACGACUGUGUGUUUCAGUUCUAUAGUGUGAACAAUGACAUCAUCACCAAACUGGACCGAGCAGUGAUCAGGACCAAUAUGAAGAAUCCCACUGACAUUGGAGCUGCAAUCGUUGUUCUAGUUAUCGUUUCCAUUGCAGUUGUGGUAAUCGUGGCAGCCGUGGCAGCUGUGGCAGUCGUUACCAAAGAAGAAAGGUGAGAUCUCAGUUGUGGAAAUGCAGA